CACUGUCUUGUUUUCUCUGUCUCUUUCACUUCGAAAUGGCAUCUGCGUCGAUUUGUUUGUGUUGAAUACGUAACAAAAUAUAAACUAAGUGUAAAAUCAGACCCGGAUAUCGUGAAGUGAGACCUCAAGAUGGGAGUACCAGCCUUCUUCCGCUGGUUGAGCAGAAAGUACCCCAGCGUCAUUGUGGAAUGUGUUGAACAGAAGCCAACCGACGUCGAUGGCCAGCUCAUCUACAUAGACUCCUCACUCCCAAACCCCAAUGGGGUGGAGUUCGACAACCUGUACCUGGACAUGAACGGUAUCAUCCAUCCGUGUACGCAUCCUGAGGAUAAGCCUCCCCCGAAGGAUGAGGAUGAGAUGAUGGUGGCCAUCUUUGAGUGCAUUGACCGCCUGUUCCGUAUCGUGCGGCCCAGGAAGCUGUUGUACAUGGCUAUUGAUGGAGUGGCUCCAAGAGCGAAGAUGAACCAGCAGCGUUCCCGCCGUUUCCGCGCCUCCAAGGAAACCCAGGAGAAGAUAGACGAAAUCGCCCGCAUCCGAGACGAGCUACUCGCGAAAGGCGCAUACUUACCUCCGGAGAGACCCAAGGAGGCGCACUUCGAUUCUAACUGCAUCACGCCUGGCACCCCCUUUAUGGACAGGCUCAGUAAAUGCCUGCAUUAUUAUAUACAUGACAGAUUAAACAAUGACCCUGGCUGGAAAGGCAUCAAGGUUAUCUUGUCAGAUGCCAACGUGCCCGGAGAGGGUGAACAUAAGAUUAUGGACUACAUAAGGAGACAGAGAGUGCAACCAGACCACGAUCCUAACACGCAGCAUGUACUCUGCGGCGCUGACGCUGACCUCAUCAUGUUGGGGCUGGCCACCCAUGAGCCCAACUUCACCAUCAUCCGCGAGGAGUUCAAGCCCAACAAGCCCAGACCCUGUGACGUGUGCGGACAGCUUGGUCACGAAAUGAAAGAAUGCACAGGCACGAAUCCAGACGCAGCCCUAGUCCGCUCAGACCCUGCCUUCGGAAACCAGGACAACUUCAUCUUCGUGCGCCUCAGCGUCCUCCGGGAGUACCUCGAGAGGGAACUGCAGAUGCCUGACCUUCCCUUCCCCUAUGACUUCGAGAGGGCCCUGGAUGACUGGGUGUUCAUGUGUUUCUUCGUGGGCAAUGACUUCUUGCCACAUUUGCCAAGCUUGGAAAUUAGAGAAGGGGCUGUUGAUAGGCUCGUCAAUUUGUAUAAGAAGUGUGUUUAUAAGACUAAGGGCUGGAUCACAGACUCAGGCGACGUAAAACUGGAGCGAGUCCAGGUCAUCAUGACGGAGCUGGGCCACAUGGAAGACGAGAUCUUCAAGCGUCGCCAUCAGAACGAGAUCAACUUCAAGGCCAAGGAUAAAGCCAGGAAGAGGCAGCAGCAGAGGAUCAACUUUGAAAUGUUGGAGAAGACACAGUUUGCGCCUAUGCCCAUCGGCCAGAAUGCUAAACCGUUAGAGAACGUAAGACAAGAGGCUGCUAACAUGCGAGUAGCAGGCAUGCAGAAUGAAGCCGCGCAAGAACAAGACAGUCGCGGCCGCAAGCGAUCAGCUCAAGCAGCCGGCCUAGAUGAUGACGAUGAUGAUGACAAGAAUGACGAAGUCCGGCUGUGGGAGCAGGGCUUCAAGGAGCGGUACUACGAGAGCAAGUUCGAAGUCGCCAGGGACAACUUGGAGUUCAGGUACCGCGUAGCGCUGCAGUACGUGCGUGGGCUGUGCUGGGUGCUGCGCUACUACUACCAGGGCUGCGCGAGCUGGAAGUGGUACUUCCCCUACCACUACGCGCCCUUCGCCUCCGACUUCGUCAAUAUAUGCGGAUUGAGUACCAAGUUUGAGGAGGGGACGCAGCCGUUCCGUCCACUAGAGCAGUUGAUGGGAGUGUUCCCAGCAGCCAGCUCCACGCACGUGCCCAAACCCUGGGCCAAGCUAAUGAGUGACCCGUUUUCAUCAAUAAUCGACUUCUACCCGAUCGACUUCAAGAUCGACUUGAACGGCAAGAAGUUCGCGUGGCAGGGCGUUGCGCUGCUACCCUUCGUGGAUGAAGAGAGGCUCUUCAAGGCACUAGAGCCCUAUUACGGAGAAUUGACUGAAGCUGAAAAACAACGCAACAUCCGUGGCCACGACCGUCUAUACGUCGGCACGGCUAACAAGAGUUACGACUACCUCCUCGGCUUAUACAGUGAAGCUGGCAGCAAGUUGAGGAGUCUGAUAGAGAAGCAGCAGAAGUACCCCUACAUCAGUGACGGAGUGACCGGAGAAGUCAUGCUCAGCAAGGACUGCGUUGUCAUUGGAGGCCAGCUGCCAUCACCCGUGAUAGGCCUUCAACCGGUCCUCGGCAACCACGUGGUCUGCGUCCGGUUCCUGGACCCCUCGUAUGACAAGGAGUUCCCGGCGCGAAGACUGGAAGGCGCCGUGCAGCCGCCCCGGGUGCUCAAGCCGGGGCAUCUCGGACAUGAAGAGAAUAGGAAUUAUAGACCGCAGAUUGGUAUGGUACGAUCGAACACGAUAGCAACAAUGGAAGCUGCCGGCAGACGUAUGCUGGGCCACCACCUGCCUAGGCAGACCCCUUACGGUUCAGUACCACCACCACCGCAACAUGCUGGUCAUCAUAAUCGUUCACAGUCGUACGGCCCUCGGCCCAGUGGUUACGUACCGUACCAAAACAACCAGGAACAUGGCCGCAGCUUCAGCUCGGGCGGCCAGGAACAGGGACGAGGUUACAACAACCACAGCCACGGCCCGCGCACCUACAACCAGGGCAACCAGGACUACAGCCAGAACAACCGAGGUUACAGCCAAAACCAGGGCUACAGCCAAUCUAACCAAGGUCCAAGCAGGUCAGGGUACGGUUACGGCAACCAGAACAGGUUCGGCAACUCAGGGGGAUCAGGUUACAGGAGUCAGAGUGGAGGUUACGAGUCCCAGGGUCAUCAAAAGUACGGUGGACAUCAGACCAGCCAGCCUACCCAGGGUUACAGUUCUUCCAGCGGCAAGUAUGGGCAGAGCCAAGGGUACAGUACGCAAGGUUCCAGGGACGCGAGGAAUAGGUACAAUAGUGAUCAACCGCAGUCAGGAUCCAACAGAAGGUACCAAGGCUCAAGUCAAGGGGGGUCGUGGCGUUAAAAUUAGUUUAUUUUUUACAUAAUAAAUAUAGUUAAAUAAACAUGAUUUUCUAGACGCAUAUCUGUGACCUGUCAGAGACAGCAUUUUUGUAUGAUAGAGUAAAUACAUAUGUAUAAUGAUUUAGGCUGCCCGCCCACGUAGGACAGAUAAUCGGACCGAUUUUUUUAGUACUUUCUGACCAACUUUCUGUAGGACGUGUGAGUUGCACUAUUGCUCUCAGUGUUUUACUUUUCUCCUACAAAAAGUCGGUCACCGAUUAUUGGACGUAGGCGGGCAGCAAUGACAGUAUGUGGUAAUGGUAAAAAUUGAGACAAGUUCUCACAAAAAAUACCUAUAUAAAAGUAAAAAUAUUAUGUCGUGUAUAUUGUGUCCUACCAAUUCAAAUUGAUUAGUGCAUAAAUAUGUACAUGCUUUUGAUUCUUUUCUUGAUUUACGUUAAUUGUUAUUGUAAAUGAGAAAAUUACAUGAAAAACUUGACAUGAAAAAAAAUAAAAGUGAAUUGUUUGUUGAUAGUUUAGAAAUAUUAUUUCUGUGAAAAUUUUGAUAUCGUCUUCUACUAAAUCCUUGCAAGGUGACAAAUCAUGAUUAUCACAUUGUUAAUUAUCACAGUUUUAAUGGUACCGCACUUAGCAAAUAUAUUGCCUUCCAACAAUCUCAUUAACUAUAUAUAAUGUAAAUCAACAUAGCAAUGACUACUCUAAGACUGCAAAUUCAUUAACAUUCACAAAAUCCUUGUCUAACUUAUAGAAACUUAUAAUUAUCCAUUAAUAGUUAUAGGAUACGAGCAAUUAAUAGUACCUAAUACAAAAAUAUGAUAUAAAAAUUAUAUUAUUGUAGUGUUGCUACAAAAAAACUACAGACUUGGCGGAACUCUACCGUGCAUCCAACAUUGUAUGACAUAAUAUGAAUUAGUGUAUUACUUUAAAAUAGUAAAAUGACUGUAAAAAUAAACAAUGAUUUUUCGUAAAUAAUUCCCGUGUCUCGAUUUUCACAAUAUUGCAAUGACACGAAUAGUUAAGAUUAAUUUUGUAUAAAAACAAACGAAUUCGGCGUUAUGGCAGACAUUAAAUAAAAAUAUCAACACCUCUA